UCGGCGCCAUUGGAAGUUGGGGCUGGGCUGUAGGCAGAUUGGUGCUUGUUUACGUUCGCAAGCGAGUUGGGGUUUACAUGGGAAAUUCUUUACGGGAGAGACAUUUAUAAUGAAGUUGCGCGACGCUUAGCUGCAGGCUCAGCUAUUUAAGCUGGUAUGCAUAAUGUAUUUUAAAGCUUGACGCCAUCAGAAGAACGCCGAUACCCGGAGCUUCGAUCUGCCAAAUCCACAAUCCGGAUUGUUGUGCAGGUGUUAGAAAUGUUCUCAACUCAGAAGACAGUGCAUCAUUUACCUAAUGAAAUAUUGGAGAAAAUAUUUUCCCACUUGUCAGUUUAUGAGCUGGCUCGAGCUGCAAAUGUAUGCAGGCGCUGGGCAGAAUUGCUCCAGGACACAAGACUGUGGAAAGGGAAGAGAUACGAUGUUGAGGAAAUUGAGAAAAAGGAUGACAUUUUAUUAGUUGCAGGGGUCUGGCCUGCAUUAAUUUAUCUUAAUCUUGUUAAAGGAGAUCGUUUCAGGAUGUCAUUGAAUGUGGCUGGGGCAUCUGUUGAGCUUCCAAACUUGACAGACAAGACAAUACAUUCCAUAGUUGGUACCCUUAUGACAAAAACUUUGUCAGUUGAUGUUCGCCUUCUUGAUGAAGGGCUAGAGAAUUGUCUUGCAGUUCAGACUCAGAAUUUACUUAGGCUUUCAGUGACAAUACCUCCUGGUCCAUUGAACCGAGACAUGAUCAAGCGUACAGAGUCCAGCUUGAAAGCAUUGGCUCACACAUUUUCCAUAGGCGCUGUUCCAUCUCUUCGCUCUUUGCGAAUUAGUAGUGAGAGUGCAGCAGAUGCUAAGUAUGACAGCUGUGCUGGUAGUGAGGUUAUUCUGUCAUUGAGAUCAUGUCCAGAACUCAAGCAGCUAAGAAUCUCUGGAUGUACUUGUGUGUCUUGGAAAAUGGUUGGUCGCAGAGACGAGUUACGUGUUUUGUCCGUUGUUCAUUCAAAAAUGAAGGAAUUCUUAAUCCAUGAGCAAUGUCAAAAUUUGAGAGAUAUCACACUUGAGCAUUGCCCCUUCUUGAAAAAAAUACAGUUCUGGGCUAAGCACCAUAAUUUGAAUUUGCAGUCGCUGCGCAUCUGCAACACCAGCAUAAAUUCAGAGGCGCUGGAGUAUGUGUGUAAAGCUGCACCUGGGCUUGAUGUACUUGUUAUUCAGUCUUGCCCUAAAAUAACAUUUACAUCAUUUGUUCGCCAUUGCUUCAAUCUGCAACAUUUUGAACUGAGCAAAUGGUCACCCGACGAGAAGUAUUUCUAUUUUGACCUUGCUCUGCUACCCUCAGGUCUGCGACAUCUGUCGAUGAUGAAUACAACAGUGCGUGAGGAACAUAUGGAUCAUAUUUUGAAGCGACUGCCAAUGCUGGAAACACUCAAUCUGGGUGGUUGUGUGUGUAUAUCAUCUGUAUCUUUUCUUGAGCACUGCCCAGAGUUAGUUGACUUGAAUCUGUCUGGCUUGUGCCAAGUCCCAGCUACAUCAUUUUCUGUUCUGGCAGAGUUGAGGAAACUGAGAAACCUCAAUCUUCGAAACUGUUCUCUCAGCAGUAAUCUCUUGUGUGGCAUACUACAGAAGAUGCCAAACCUAAAGAAACUAGAUCUCUCUUGCAUACAAACAAUUGGUGACUUGUUUUUUGUCACAAAAUGUCACAGCUUGCGCUGUUUGAACAUGUCUCAUUGCCCUCGUCUCUCACCAGACAUCACAGAGUUGCGGCAACUGACUGAUGUAAGGACAUUGCGCAUCUAUGGAGUGCCAGGUCGCCCAUUCAUAACAGAUCUUGAGAGAGACAUCCACAACAACUAAUCCAGUAAUCUGUGACUGUGAUGAGUUCUACAUGUGAAGAAAUCAGUUAACAGAUGUGUGUUUCAUUCUAUCUCUGUGUGUGUGUGUGUGUGUGUGUGUGUGUGUGUGUGUGUGUGUGUGUGUGUGUGUGAGAGAGAGAGAGAGAGAGAG